AGGCUGAAGGGAGCGUGAUGGUCACACUCUAGGUCUGUGCGGCGGGAGGCGUCAGGAGCCGGGGGAGCAGCCAGGAGCCGGGGGAGCAGCCAUGCCUCGCUAUGCGCAGCUGGUCAUGGGCCCCGCAGGCAGCGGGAAGAGCACCUACUGUGCCACCAUGGUCCAGCACUGUGAAGCCCUCAAUCGGUCUGUCCAAGUUGUGAACCUAGAUCCUGCAGCAGAACAUUUCAACUACUCCGUGAUGGCUGACAUCCGGGAACUGAUUGAGGUGGAUGACGUGAUGGAGGACAAUACUCUGCAGUUCGGUCCCAAUGGAGGAUUGGUAUUUUGCAUGGAAUACUUUGCCAGCAACUUUGAUUGGCUAGAGAACUGUCUUGGCCACGUAGAGGAUGACUACAUCCUUUUUGACUGUCCAGGUCAGAUUGAGUUGUAUACUCACCUGCCCGUGAUGAAACAGCUGGUCCAGCAGCUAGAACAGUGGGAGUUUCGAGUCUGUGGAGUUUUUCUUGUUGAUUCUCAGUUCAUGGUGGAGUCGUUCAAGUUUAUUUCUGGCAUCUUGGCAGCCCUCAGUGCUAUGAUCUCUCUAGAAAUUCCUCAAGUUAACGUCAUGACGAAGAUGGAUCUGCUGAGUAAGAAAGCUAAAAAGGAAAUCGAGAAGUUUCUAGAUCCAGACAUGUAUUCUUUAUUAGAUGACUCUACAAGUGACUUAAGAAGCAAAAAAUUCAAAAAAAUGACUAACGCUAUAUGUGGACUGAUUGAUGACUACAGCAUGGUUCGGUUUUUGCCUUAUGAUCAGUCAGAUGAAGAAAGCAUGAACAUUGUAUUACAGCAUAUUGAUUUUGCCAUUCAGUAUGGAGAAGACUUGGAAUUUAAAGAACCAAAGGAACAUGAAGAUGAAUCUUCUUCCGUGUUUGACGAGUAUUUUCAAGAACACCAGAAUGAAUGAAGAGUUUAUUAAAAAGUAACUAUAUGUGUGAGGAGCUUAUAGCUGCACUGGCAGAACCUUCUUUUCUUCGAAAGAUGGAAUACGAGAAAACUACUUAUUUUAAGGAAAAAAAAUAAUACUUGGCUCUUUAUCAGCAAUCAGGAACAUGCCUGAAUCAAGUUCUUAGUUAUUCUGAAACUGCUGAAACUGCUGCUGUUUAAAGUGGCAUCUUUUAGUAUUAUUUUAACAGCAUCAAUUUAGAUUUUAAAAGUUGAAAUUGAAAUGAGUGUACAUAGAUUUGUAUAUAUAAUAUAAAUUAGCACCUGUGGUACAGUUAAGAUCAGUCUACUUUUAGUUUCACUGUUUGUUUGAUUUUUGUUAUUUUUAAAGUUUCUUUGGAGGGACAGGAAUUAUUGUAACAAAAUAUAGAUAUGUGCCCAAAGAAAAAAAAAUCUGAAAAAAAAAAAAAAAAAAAAAAACUUCAGGGGAUAGAGAGAUAAAAAAAAAAGAAAAGAAAAAAAAUCUGAAAGGAUGUAGAUAAGACCAUUGCUUAUCUGUAUCUUCCAGUUUUCCUACAUUGAAAAUGUAUUAUUUGUGUAAUUAAAAAAUGAAAAGUAA